AUGGCGUCAAGAUCGGGCUCGGAAUCGAAUUCCUAUCCACGGCUGCCUCGAGUCGAAAACGAACAGCUCAUACCGGCCUUGUCCCCGCCACUGCCGCCUCAACGGACUCUAAACUCCCCUCGCAGUCGCGAGAAUGUGCCUGCACCGCCCCGUACGCUGUCCCGUAAUCUUCACUGGUCGUCAUACGCUGCAGCCCGGAGAGCCGAGCGGAUUCGAAACCUUAACGAACAGGCGGAACGUCGCGCCGAGGAGAGGGAGCGCCAGCUAGAGCGCCUUACAGGAAUUUCGCUACGACGCUACCCUCAGCCGCGUAGUUUCGCGGGCGCCCAGACGCCCAACAUUGAAGAGCUGGGUCGAUCCCUCAGUCGAGCAAAUUCCGGUCUGAGAGCACUAUUGGAUCAGCCAGAUCCCACUCUUGCUUCGCUCCCCCAGCCCCUCCGUCCGCAUGAAUUCUCAGACGACAACCGCCGGAAUAAACGCCGGAAACUGGACUCGGACAGAAUGGGGUCCGGCGGCCCCAAGGCCUUUCGCUAUGGCAGGUAUGGGCAGGUAGACCCAGGUCAGCUGCGGAUGGAGAUUGUGAGCUGCGACGGAGGCAUGUUUUCGAACCAUUCGUCGUACGCGGCUGAGAACAUCCUCAGAGACGACAAUUCAGUAUACUGCACCAAGGGGAACAGGUGCAAUAUCAUUCUGCAGCAUCAGGGCGGAACAGUAUUCACACUACAAGAGCUGAUUAUCAAGGCACCCUGCGCCACCAACUUUUCGCAUCCUGUUCGCGAGGGCAUGAUUUUCAUCACCAUGGACCACGACGAUGUACUGAAUCGAACGGCCCAAUACCAAAUCCAGUACGGCCAAACAGCUAGAGACCGGGCACGAACGGGAGAGGCGAAUAAUGCGCUGAUUCUUGAGCAAGAGCCUCGUCAUAUUAUUUCUAUCCAGCACCAUGACGAUGGCACCACAAGCACAAGGGCCAGGAGAUCUUACGUUUAUCGGACCGAUGACGAUGAGGGUCGACCCGACAUGCCUGAGGAAUUUAGUAGGGAGAUGGCUGGUUUCCGCGUUACUACGGAAUGCAGCGAUGAAGAAGAUGACGAUGAAGAUGGCUAUGAUGGGGCGCGGCUUCACCGGACCCCGAAUCGCAUUGGCUCUCUGCCCUUUGAGAAUCUGGAGUCUGACGUAGACGAUAUUAUCCUACCCUUCAGCCCCCGAGAUCCCUCAGACGAGCCUCUUCUUCACCACAGCCGUCGACAUAACAUUAUUCAUCGACCUAGAGGUAGAGAUUACGACCACGACCAAGACCAGGAUCAUGAUCUAGUCAAUGCGCCAAGCGCCUCUCUCUCUGAGGCACUAGAUGCGCAUGCCAACGCCACGCAAGAAGCCGUCCGUGCCGUCGGUCUCGGCAGCUUACUUUCUCCUCACGCGCGGUUUUAUAUCGAGAAGAAGAAGAGCAAGUGCACCAUCAAGUUUGAGCCACCUGUUUCUGGCCGCUACAUCCUUCUCAAAAUGUGGAGCUCCUCUCACGACCCAGGGAGCAAUAUUGAUGUUCAGUCCGUUAUCACCCAAGGCUUUGCGGGACCGAGAUAUUUCCCCUCCAUUGAGCUACGAUGA